AUGGACGGGGCGUUUUCGGAGAGUCUUUUCCAGCUCGCUGCGAAAGUAGUCGCUCGUGCCAGGGAAUUUGGAUGCGCUGUCUCUUUCGCGCAUGCUGCCUAUGUACUGCUCACACUGCCCCCUUCACAGGCCACAGCAUCUGGCUCAGCCAGUAAAGCAACAUCAGCAUGUGCAGCGGCCCCUCAAGAAUCAAUUGAAGCCUCGACGUGUGAUGUGCCCCCUUUUCGGUUCUCCCUGUCUUCGCCAGUGCCCUCGCAGCAAGAAGCGGAGACGGCAGUUUCGGAUGCUGUGCUGACGUUGCAGCAGCGCACAGUAGAUCCUGCUGCCGCUGCCCUCGCUUUGCAAGUCACAUUUGAGGCUGCGCUCCUGGACAGUGCAGCUGACGCAGCGUUGCUCCAAACCAGGCUCACGAAGAAGGUGGAGGAGGCAGCUGCCUUGGUGGUGCAUGCAGACCACAGUCAACUGAGGCGCCCCAAGUUCGUUUGUCUCCUGCGUGAGCGGCUUAUAGCGUACUGCCUUGCUGCUCUGCCAAUGGUCGAUAGUGCUGCCGAUCCUGAGGAGGCGGCAGCAACAGCGGCAAGAAGUGCUCCAGCGGAGUCUGCUGCUUCUGCCGCGGCAGUAGCGGCAGCGAAAGCAACGGUUAUCCGAGACUUGUUCGAGGAUGCAUUUGACGGGGUGCUCCCCAUAACGCGCAUUCCCUGCUUGUAUUCGCUCACCAAAAUCGAGCGAAGAAAGCAUCUUUCUGAGCUCCGGUGUAUAGUCCUCGCGUCACUGCUGCUUCAGCAACGACGUGCGGCAGCAACGAGAAACACGGCAACAGAGGAGCGUUUCAGCUGGCUUGUGCCGCCUAUGCUCCUUGCCACGAGCCUCGCGGCAGAACAACAAGAGCUGCUCUUAAAUCAAGCGGUACAAGGCCAAGAUGCACUUCAGAGGAUAAAGCAUAUCUUCAGUGUGGACGGCGAACUUUCAAGAAUAUUAGCAGGCCAAAGUGUUUUUGAAGUUCAGCAGAUCCGCUUCGUGCAGGCGCUGCUGGUGCAGCAGCAGCAGCACCAUGCAGCAGCAGCAGCAGCAGCAGAGAAAUGCGAGGAGGAACUCGCAGGUGUGGAGAGAUACCUGCAGCAGCACAAAGGGCAGGCACACCCCGACGAGGUGUACGGUAACCUGGCUGCAGCUGGUGAGGCGUAUCUCGCAGUGUACAAGGAGAAUCAAAUGCUGUUGCAUCUCGCUCAGCUCCGGUUGCUGCAGCUGCAGCACGCUGAAGCUCUUCGCUUGCCAGACACGGCGCAAUUAAGCUGUGCUGCUCUUCGAAUGCGACGGCGGGUAGAGCAUGAGCAGCAAAAACGCCUUCUGCUGCGGCCAGCUUCCAGCAGCAGCAGUAACGAUGGCGAUAUGCGAAGCGCCAUCAGAGGCUUCCGAGUACUUGCUGCAGGAGAAACGAAUCUUCAGAAACCUGCCGAGUUGGGAGGCUACUGCCUACAGACCUUGCUCGAAAACAAAGCCUUGGUGCAGGGAGAUACGCAAGCGGGUGGCAUCGAGGUGGGAGAAGAAAUUUUCCUCUUCAGCAGCCGUCGCUGCCUCAGGGAGUUUCUGCAGAAGCAGCAGCUGCUUCAGGAGCAGCAGCCGCAGCUGAAGCCAGCAGCCCUUCUACAGCAGCAGCUGUCUGGGGCAGUGCGGCACACUCCGGCCCUUAUUUUCGCUUUGGGCUUAGAGAAGAGAUUUCCAGAGCUGGAUCUCAGGGCUUUCCUUGUGUGGGCAUACCACCAAGAGUUACGGCAGUUGCAGGCUCAAGCGCUGCAGCUUCAAGAGGCGCAAGGAGAGCAGCAGGCAGACUGGGAUUUCCGGCCUGAGCUGUGGGUGCGACUUAGCGCAGGGAAAAGCGCGGACGCCCCCACGAGCACCGACGAUCUGCUACAAUUGACGGCAGAGCCGUUCAGCAGCAAAUGCUGUGAUGAGUGGGAACUCCGGAGGCAGGCACUGCAGCAGGCGAGACUCUGCGACUGCGAGUGCCGCAGCACCCAAACGCUUCUCUCGUCUUUCCAGCGGGAGGCAGAGACACAAGCGACAGAGCGAAGGGAGACGGCAACGAGCACCGACGUUGCUGCAGGCACCUCGUGCCCGCGCAGCACCCUAAGACUAAGGGGACUUCGCGGAGUUGACGCACAAGCGAACAACCCCCUCAAGACUCUGGUUUUUAGAUUAAACUUCUGA